CUUUUCUUCUUUUCCUCCACAUUCUACUUUCUUCUUCUCUUCCCUUCCUCACCUCCUCCCUCAAUAACUUCCCUCUUUCGAGCCAUUGCUCCUCUUCUAGAUUAUAUCCUCGCUCUCUAUCUAGCUUCUCCUUCUUUGUCAUCCUUGGUUAUCGUCCAACCUCACUCUUCCCCAUCCUCACGUACAUAUAACUUGUAUCUUCCCUCCAUCCACUCACCCAUUCAGAUAUUUCUAUCCUUCCAGACAUGAUGCAAUACCCCGUUGCUUUACAGACAUCUCAUUUGUCCUCAGCUCCUGCCUCACCAGAGCCACACACACCCAUUCCCGAUAAUGAGCCUAAAGUGAUCAAGAUUACCAACUGCAAGAUCCUCAGGGACCACAAGAUUAUUGAGAACGAUGCCGUCUGGAUUCAGGGCGGAAAGAUCAUCGACCCCCACAAGUUCUUUUGGUACCAGAAGCGUCUACCUGACCAAGUCCUGGAUGCUAAGGGUUUGCUUGUUGUCCCUGGUUUCAUCGAAGCACAGAUUAACGGUGCCUUCGGUGUUGACUUUUCUGUUCCUUCUGACUAUGAUACCUAUGAGAAGGAUCUGUUGAAGGUCAAUCGAGGCCUUCUCAAGUAUGGAACGACCUCUUACUGCCCUACCAUUGUCUCGUCUUCCGCAUCAGUAUAUCACAAGGUUUUGUCUCACUUGAAGCCAAGAGCUGGGUCCGCCAAGACCGGUGCCACUAUGCUUGGUGCUCAUGUUGAGGGACCUUUCAUCAAUGAGGCCCGUAUUGGUGCCCAUGAACUGAAGGUUUUGCAAGCUUCUGCAAAGAACGGUUAUAAAGACUUCAAGGACGUAUACGGCCUUGAAGGCGAAACCCCUGAGGAACAAUAUAAACUUACUCAGGAGAAUCAGAGCUCGGUUAAGAUCAUCACUUGUGCUCCAGAGUUGGAUGGUGUCAUGGAUACCAUUCCUGACCUUGUCCGCGCUGGUAUCACUGUCUCUGUUGGACAUUCAAUGGCCAACAUUUCUCAAGCAGAGGAAGCUGUUGAAAAAGGAGCAACGUUCAUCACCCACUUGUUCAAUGCCAUGCCACAGUUCCAUCACCGUGAUCCCGGUGUUAUUGGUUUGUUGGGCUCACGUUUUGAUCUUCCACGCCCUUAUUAUGGAUUGAUCUGUGAUGGUAUCCACGUCCACCCCAACUCUGCCAAGAUUGCAUAUGACUCGCAUCCAGAGGGUGUGAUCCUAGUUACGGACGCCAUGUCCGCUAUGGGCCUUGCUCCUGGUAACUACCAACUUGGUAACAUGAAUGUCACCAAGGAGGAGGAUCGUGUUUAUAUCGAAGGUACAGAUACACUUGCAGGAAGUGUCAUCACUUUGGACGCCUGUAUCCGCAACUUUAUCCAGUUCACAUCCUGUACUCUGAUCGAGGCUCUCGAAGCCGUCACAUUGCAUCCAGCAGUACUCUUGGGAAUCCAAGAGACCAAGGGUGUCAUCAAGCCUGGUGCUGAUGCCGAUUUGGUCUUCUUGAGCGAUGACUUGUAUGUAAAACGUGUCUUUGUCGCUGGCGAAGAGGUCGACCUGGAUGCAAUUGACGUUCAGAUCACUGAGAAAUUUUAAUAAAGC